ACCUUCCUCUUCACCACCACAAAAACUCUAAACUCUUUUCUUCCCUUCUUAUUCAUUCAUUCCCCUUUCCUUCUUCUCACACCUAUCUACCCUAUCUUCUUCUUCUUCAUGCACCACUCACCCAUGGACAACUCUCACCUUCUUCAAUUCCUUCCAAACACCACCACCACCACCACCACCACCACCACCUCCAACCCCUUCUUCCACACUCCUCCUCACACCACCAACAUCAUGCACCUCUCUAAUAACUCUUCCUCCAAUCACUUCUACCCCUUUCAUGUCUCCCAAAUUACCCCAACACCCUCCCACCAUGAUAGAGCCCUUGCUGCCAUGAAGAACCACAAGGAAGCUGAGAAGAGAAGGAGGGAGCGAAUCAACUCCCACCUCGAUGAGCUUCGCACUCUUCUCCCUUGCAAUUCCAAGACGGACAAGGCUUCGCUUCUUGCGAAGGUUGUGCAGCGAGUGAAGGAAUUGAAGCAGCAAACGUCGGAGAUAACGGAGCUGGAGACGGUUCCGUCGGAAACAGACGAGAUCACGGUGCUUUCCACCGGCGGGGACUACGGCAGCGAUGGGAGGCUGGUGUUCAAGGCCUCGCUGUGCUGCGAGGACCGCUCCGACCUCAUUCCUGACCUCAUAGAAAUCCUGAACUCGCUUCACCUGAAAACCCUCAAAGCAGAAAUGGCCACGCUCGGAGGAAGAACGCGCAACGUUCUCGUGGUUGCUGCAGACAAAGAACACAGCAUCGAAUCCAUCAAUUUCCUUCAGAACUCGCUCAAGUCCUUGCUAGACAGGUCCAAUUCCAGCGACAGAUCGAAACGUCGCCGUGGCCUAGACCGAAGGCUAAUGUCUUAAGCGGACACAGACACACAGACACACAAAUCUUGUAUUUCCGUAACUACACGUGCAAAUGCAUGCUUGCAAGCAUAGCCCUUAAUGUGUUUGUUUAUGUAAAGGGAGUUGAACUAAGACGGAUUACAUUAUAUGAUUUUAUAUUAUAAUUGUUUAGGUUGUUAUUAAGGUAGUUAGGUAGGUAGUUAGGGUUUGUGUGGUGUUUGUUUGGAAUCUUUGCAUGUGAACUUAGUGUUGCAUGUAAGUAGGAGAAACAGGAUGGUGAGAAUCUGAGAGGAGAAAGGAAUGGGGUUUUGUUUAAUUACGUGCUGUGCAAGUUGUGGCUUGUGACAGUGAGAGAAAGGAGCCUGUCUGUUCUGUAAAAGCAAUGCUUCUGUGAGUUUCCAAGCUGUAGAAAAUGGCAUAUUCGUUUCUCUUUCAUGCC